GCUACGGAAUGGAUAAUGAAUCCGAUAAGAAUUUCUCAUUCAACCAUUUGAGGAAAAUAUCUACAUCGUUUUCCAGUUACACGUGGCGGCCACCUGUCUCUGCCAUGUCACCAUCGUUCUGGGAUUGAUGGCACUCCUUCUGUUGUGAAGUGUACACACGGGACGGGAAGGAGAUGGAGGAGUCUCUGCUGGGUGGAGAAAGUAGCAGUAGCUCCAGCUCUCGGCGUCAGAUUCACCAUUUGAGAUUCAGGCGCCGUUCCGACGCCAUCGCUUAUGGCUCUGCAUAUCAAAGAGCAGCUGCUCUCGUGGAUCUGGCUGAAGAUGGUGUUGGUAUACCUGAGAAAAUCCUUGAUCAGUCAAACUUUCAGAAUGCAGCAAGGCUCUACUUCAUUUUUAUUAAAUUUGAUCUUAUUUGGUCCUUAAAUUUCUUUGCGCUGGUUGUCAUAAAUUUCUUGGAGAAACCCUUAUGGUGCUCCAAAUACAAGACUCAUUCUUGUAAUGAUAGGGAGUAUUUCUUUCUUGGGCAGUUGCCGUACUUAACAGCUGCCGAAUCUCUUAUAUUUGAGGUUGUGACUCUCAUAGUACUCAUGAUACACACAUUUUUCCCGAUUUCGUAUGAAGGUCUCCAGCUUUAUUGGAAAAAUCCCUUGAACAAGUUGAAGGUCAUUUGCACAAUAAUUUUGGUUGCCGAUUUACUCAUUUAUACUCUAUAUUUGUCCCCGGUGGCCUUUGAUUAUCUUCCAUUCAGAGUUGCACCAUAUAUUCGAGUUGUCUUUUUCAUCAUGAAUAUUAGGCAUCUACGGGAGAGCAUCAUCAUCCUGGCCGGGAUGCUUGGCACAUACUUGAAUGUCUUGGCUCUAGGGUUUUUGUUUCUUCUGUUUUCCAGCUGGUUGGCGUAUGUUAUUUUUGAGGAUACACAGCAAGGAAAAAUAGUAUUUACUUCUUUUGGAACCACAUUAUAUCAAAUGUUUAUUCUGUUCACCACAUCCAACAGUCCAGAUGUUUGGAUACCUGCCUACAAGGCAUCGCGUUGGUAUUGCCUGUUUUUUGUUCUUUACGUGCUGUUGGGAGUUUACUUCGUUACAAACUUAAUUCUUGCUGUUGUGUACGAUAGCUUUAAAAGUCAGCUUGCUAAACAAAUUUCUGAGAUGGAUCGCUCGAGGAAAAGUACAUUGGCCAAAGCAUUUAAUCUUAUGGAUAUUAAUAACGUGGGGUAUAUCAAUAAAGACCAGUGCCUUACACUUCUUGAAGAACUUAACAGAUACAGAACUUUGCCAAAAAUAUCAAGGGAUGAUUAUGAGUUAAUAUUUGAUGAGCUGGAUGAUAGUCAUGAUUUUAAGAUAAAUAUCAAUGAGUUUGAUGACCUCUGCAAUGCUAUAGCUUUGAAGUUCCAGAAAGAGGACAUUCCUUCUUGGUUUGAAGGGUAUCCCUGGAUCUACCAUUCAUCUUUAUCAGAAAAGUUGAAAACAUUUGUGCGAAGCCCCACAUUUGGAUAUGUUGUAUCCUUCAUCCUCAUACUGAACCUGGUUGCUGUUAUUAUUGAAACAACACUCGAUAUUGAAAAUAAUGUUGGUCAGAAAGCAUGGCAAGAACUCGAGUUUGUAUUUGGUUGGUUAUAUGUAGUUGAAAUGGCUCUAAAAAUCUAUUCCUUUGGAUUUUUUAAUUAUUGGAGAGAUGGCCAAAAUCAGUUUGAUUUCCUGAUCACCUGGAUUAUAGUGAUUGGAGAAACUCUAACUUUUGUGGCACCCAGUGGGCUAACUUUUCUUUCAAAUGGAGAAUGGAUUCGCUACCUUCUGAUAGCAAGAAUGUUACGUCUGAUAAGGCUCUUAAUGCAUGUCCAGCAAUAUCGAGCAUUUCUUGCAACCUUCUUAACCCUCAUCCCUAGUUUGAUGCCAUAUCUAGGAACCAUUUUCUGCGUUCUCUGUCUUUAUUGCACUCUUGGUGUGCAGGUCUUUGGAGGACUUGUUAAUGCUGGAAAUGCCACUUUGUAUGAGACUGAUCUGGAUGAUAAUGAUUACCUACUUUUUAAUUUCAACGACUAUCCUAAUGGGAUGGUGACACUCUUCAAUUUACUAGUUAUGGGAAACUGGCAAGCAUGGAUGCAGAGCUACAAGGAGUUGACAGGAAGCAUUUGGACCCUCGUUUAUUUUAUCAGUUUCUACCUAAUAACCGUUUUGCUGCUCUUGAAUUUGGUGGUAGCUUUUGUCUUGGAAGCAUUCUUUGCUGAAUUGGAUAUUGAAUCUUCAGAAAAUGGCGAAGAACAGGAUCAGGAUGGAGAUAAUAGAAAGGAUCGUCGACGUUUUGUUGGCACUAAAACUCGGAGCCGCAAAGUUGACAUUCUUCUCCAUCAUAUGUUGAGUGCAGAAUUGGAUAAAAAGGAUUCUGGAUCCUCAUAGUCCUGUUUCUUUUCCAGUCUGCAGAUAAGGAAUCUUUCAUCAAAUGAAGCUCUGAUAUUUGUUCGUUUUCUUCCUGCUCGUGUAUAAUACUCCCAGAUCCCAGUUUCAGUUUCGUCCAUUCCUGUGAUGGAGAGAAUCCCAAAUAAACCAGAAAAAGAGCGUAUGUACAUGGUCCUUGUACAUCAUAGUUGCUGUAAUCCUGAUGGGAGUGGAAAGUUUUUGAAGGGGGAAACUUUGAAGAUGGGCUGUCUGCAUUGAACCUUAAUGUUGUGUAUUAUCUGAAUUGUGUAGUACAUUUAGGUGACUUUCCAAAGUUUGAUUUACUCGACCUCCUUUAAAAGAGAGAACUAAGCUAUAUACUCUGSUAGUUUGAUUUUUGUUGGAUAACUGUAGUCUCUUGCAUAUGCCAAUAUUGAUUUUUUAAACUAUGGAGUCCAUUGUUUACCACUCCAUUCACAAGGUACGAGACGUUUGCUGGUAAUAAAAUAAUGUGAUGUUUGUGGAA